UUGUUAAUUAUUUUUCUAUUUGGCAGGUUUGAGGACAUUAUCGACCUACAAGUGGAUGAUAUAAGACGGCAAUUAUGCCUUCAAACACGGCAAGGCCCGCAAGUGGUGUUACGAUCAGAGCACGCUCAUCAAAUUCGCGCUUUAGUCGAAAAAUUAAUGACUGGUAGCGGUGGGAAGGUUCGCACAUUUGUUCGAGCAAUAACCGACUACAUAACAAAUGAGCCGAAUUUGCUGAGCUUCUCCAAGGGUGAUAUUAUACAGAUUAUCAGUCGCGAUGAUGGCACACUGCCAGUGGAGCAGGACACUGGUCAGUGGUUAUACGGCAGGAUUGGUAAUCACUUCGGCAAUCUUUCAGCAAAUUAUGUGGAACCGCUGGAUACUUAUGGCAGAGUAAUUAAUUUUUUGAAAAGCUAUCCUCGAAUUACUCAAAUUUUUCGAAGUUUUCUUUGGUCGAUAAGUUAA